UGAUAGGAAAUGUCUUCAAAAUUAUUUUGAAGACAUUUUUGCCUCGAAAGUCAAAUUCAAUUAUUGUAUAUGACUUUUGACGUUUAAUAUCUGUGUGAAAGUCUAGUUUUUAUUUAUUACUCUUUUUUUAUUAUUUUAUGGAUUAAAAUUUACUUAAAGUGAAAAAAUUAGCGUUAGUCAAUGAGUUUAUUUUGAUAAUUUUAGUAAUUGGUAAUUUUAUAAUAAUAACUGUUAAAUUCAAUUUUAGUAAUUUGUAUAGGCGUUAUCGGUAUUUAAUUUUUAAUAAUUUUUUUUAUCUUAUGAUGAAUGUAUCAAAAUAUACUAUGUUUUAAGUAUUUUUAUUUUUAAUACUACAUCAUAUGGUGUCAAUUGAAGAUACUAAUAAAAUACAGUCACCGUAUUUUAAUUAUGACCCAUCAUUUUUGACCCAAACUACUAAACCUGAAUAUAUAUACCUUGAAGGAGCUGGGGCUUCACAAAGAGGUCGAUUUGAAAUGGCUUUCUCACAAAUUGGUUCAUCUUGUUUAGCCGGUUCUAUAAUUGGAGGUUUACGUGGAAUGUACACAGGAUUUAAAACAACUUCUGGAGAAAAUCAGACAGCUACUUAUAAAAGAACUCAAAUUUUAAACAAUAUUUUUAAAAAUGGUGCUCGAUUGGCAAAUACUUUUGGAACAGUGGCAGUGUUUUACAGUGCUUUUGGUGUUGCUUUACAAAAAAGUCGUGAUUGUGAUGAUGAAUUUAACACUAUUAUAUCAGGAGCUGCAACUGGAAUGUUAUAUAAAAGUACAGGCGGCCUCAAAAAAUGUGGUAUUGGAGGAAUUAUAGGAUUUGGCCUAGCAACUUCUUAUUGUGUUAUAACAUCUAGAGAUAAAAUUAAAGAAAUUGUUAAAAAUAUAUUUUCUUGAUAUAGUCAUAAUUAUUGUAAAAAUAAUAUUUAAAAUGCUAUUUUCUCUGUCAUAUUCUUUCAGUUGUUGUGUUUAUUUGUUGUUUAUUAUGAUUUUUUAUUUAGAAUUAUACUAAAAAGUUGUUUAAUAAACAAAAUUGUUGACAAUUCA